AUGAUUUUGGAUAAGAAAGAGAUUGCGGAAACUCGUUAUGAGGUUCUCAAUGUCAAGGAGGAUGCAAACUACCAAGAGAUUCGUGCUAUUGAAGAUGCUGGCGAAAUAUUGGAACUGUUUUAUCAACGUCGAUGUUGUGAUUACUUCUCUGUGGACUCGUUGGAAUUGCAGAAAAUUGGAUAUAUGUUGUUGAGAGAUGAAAGCAGCGUGUCUAUACGCAAUGCUGAUACUUUACCAGGAUCGGUGAUUCUUCUUCCUUGUGGAUGGUGUUCGUUGAAAGCUCGGCUCGUACUCAGUAUGGAUGAUAGUUGA